CCAGUCAGAUUUACGACACCAUGCUGGCCGUACGGCUGUUAAUGUAGUUGCUACGACAUGGAAGGUACCAUGUGAGGAGUCUGUCUUUGGUUUAUCAGACUUUAUUAGAGAAUUAACAGAAUUAAAACAGUCGGAGACAUCAUGCACGAGAGGUCGCUCCCCGCCUCUCCGAACUGGUACUGCUCGCGCUGCAGUGACGUCAACAGCAGUGGUCUGCUUGGUGUUGGAGCCAAAAACAACAUCUUUCUGAUUGAUGUGUCUGCAGCCUCCUGCAGGGUCGUAGGUGAGCUCGUCGGCCACAGAGACUUAGUGACGGGCUUUUCUUUCUGUCAGCAUGCCGGGCAGAGUCACAUCUGUGUCAGCUCCUCCAGCGAUGGGAGUGUUCAUUUCUGGGACUCAGACAGCAGGAGUCUUAUCAGAGAAGAAGCCGCUCAUCAGACCUCUGUAACAGCCCUGCAUUGGUCUCCGGUGGAUAAAAACCUGGUGGUGUCAGGAGAUGAGAAGGGCAUUGUGGUCUGUCACUGGUACAACACAGGAGACAUCGCCAGCUUCUUCCCCGAGCCCAGGACCAUCUUCUGCCUCAGCUGCUCCCCGCACACCUGGAGCUCUGUGGCUGUGGGGUACAAAGAUGGGAUGAUCGUGCUGAUCGAUGUGAGUAAGAAAGGCGAGGUGAUGCACCGCCUCAGAGGACACGAUGAUGAGAUCCACUCACUGGCAUGGUCGUCACUGAUUGGCGAGGACCCGCUUUACAGCAGACUAGAGGACAAUGAAGGCAGCAUGUCUGCAGGAGAUGAGAAGGGCUGCUACCUCGCAUCUGGUAGCAAAGACCAGACAGUGAGGAUCUGGAGCUCAGCGAAGGGGAAAGGUGUGAUGACCCUGAAGCUGCCCUUCAUGAAGAAACGAGGCUCUGCAGUGGACCCGGGGGUCAAAGAGAGACUCUGGCUCCACGUCCACUGGCCGAAGGGACGCUCAACACAGCUGGUGUCCAGCUGCUUCAGUGGUGAGUUGGUGAUGUGGGACUUGACCCGGGGAGGGAAGCAGAGGUGGACUCUGUUCGGGACGUCCACCGAGGGUCAGAAUCACAACAGGAUUGUCUUCAACAUGAGCUCAGUGCAGCUGCAGGAUGGCAGAGAGCUGCUCAUCAGCACCUCCAUGGACAGAGAGAUUAAGUGUUGGGACCUGGCUUCUUUGGACUGCCUCUGGACUCUGCCCACGCUGGGUGGUUUCGUCUACGCGCUCACCUUCUCCCCUGUGGGCGUGGGGUGUCUGGCGCUGGGUGUGGGUGACAAUAUGAUCCGGGUGUGGAACACGCUGACCACCCAGAACCAGUACGACACCCGUUCCUUCUGGCAGGGCAUCAAGUCCAAAGUUACAGCGCUGGCGUGGCAUCCUAAAAAAGAAGGAUCCCUGUCUUUUGGGACGGAUGAUGGGAAAGUUGGGAUCUAUGACGUCUUCUCAAACAAGCCUCCUCAGGUAUCGAGCUCCUAUCACCGGAAAACCGUGUACACUCUGGCCUGGGGACCCCCGGUCCCCCCGAUGUCAUUUGGUGCAGCUGGGACAAAGCCGUCUUACAGCCUGUACAGCUGUGCAGGUGAAGGCGUCAUCCUGCAGCACGACCCGACAAGGCUGAGCGGAGAGGCAUCGGACAUUGACAAGCUGAUCAGAGACACAAACAACAUCAAGCACAAGCUGUCUCCACACACCGACCUCAGCUGGAAGCCAGAUGGGAAAGUGGUCGCCAUCGGCAAUGAGGACGGGUGCAUUGAUGUGUAUGAGGCUCCCAGUCUGAAGCUGCUGUGCAGCAUCCAGCAGCAUCACAAGAUCAUCAAUGUGUUACGGUGGCAUCCUGACCUCAGCUCUCCUCCUGAGCUGCACUGUCUCCUGGCCUCAGGCUCCAGCAAUGCCAUUGUUUACAUUCAUGAUCUGGGCUCCAUCAUAGAGAAUCCUCCAGAGAGCCCCCUGGUGGUAACUGAGCCGUAUCGCAGGCUGUGUGGUCACACAUCUAAAAUCACUGGUAUGGCUUGGAGCCCACAUCACGACGCCCGGCUGGUUACUGUGUCUUAUGAUGGCACAGCACAGGUGUGGGACGUGCUGCAGGAGGCAGCUCUCUCUAACUAUAGGGGUCACGUUGGUUAUCUACUGAGUGUGGACUGGUCACCCGUGGACCCGGAUGUGGUCUGGACUGGAGGGAAAGACUUCACUGCGCAGGAGUGGAUGGUCUCCAAACAAGAGUUUACAAAUCCACCCAAAGGGAAAAAGUCGACAGAUCUGAAGGAGAAGAUGAAGACCAAUGCUAGACAGAAGAAGAAGAACAAGAAGACAUCUGGGGCUGGAGGAGCUUCACCGUUCGAGAUGAACGGGGAGUCAGUAAAGGGACAGAAGGCAUCAAAAGGACAGGAGCUGUCUGGAGAAGAUGCAGAAGAUGAAGUCAGCUCAACAAGCAGUCCUUUACCUCCAACAGACACUUUUGAGCCGCAAAGGAAAACCUCCGCUGCUGCGAAGAGCAAAGAAAAAGCAGUUUUUCUAGACUCAACUUUGCUGAAGAAGAAGAAGCCUCGCUCCAUGCUGCCUGUCAGCACCUCCAUGGACCAUCGACCUAAAGAGGACCUGCUGCAGGACUGCAUCACUCUGGCCUCGGUCAGACACAGUGAGGCGCCCCCUGCAGGCUGUGUCCCUGGCAAAGGAGAGCACAUCCAUCUGGGUCUCUUCUCUGACAGACAGGGUCUGUACCGCAUGUUUGAGGCAGAAGAGGAGAGCCACGUAGAGGCCGGUCACUACGACUCUGUGGUGUACCUGCGGCUGUGGAGUGGAGACCUGGAGGGGGCGCUGCAGCUCGCUACAGAGAAAGGAGAGCUGAAUGAUCACCUGCUCUCCAUCGCUCCUAUGGCGGGGUUCCAGGUGUGGAGCAGGGCAGUGGAGGCUUAUGUGAAGCAGCUGUGUCUGCAGGAGCAGUACCUGAAGGCAGCGUCACACCUGCUGUCAAUCAACAAGCUGUACGAGGCAAUUGACCUGCUGCGCUCGCACAAACUCUACAGGGAGGUGAUCGCUCUGGUCAAAGCCCGGCUGCCGGCAGACGAGCCCGUCCUCAAGGAGCUGUACACCUCCUGGGCCUCCGUGUUGGAAAAAGAUGGACAUUUCUCUGCAGCUGCUAAAUGUUACCUUGCUGCUGGCGCCAGUUUUGAUGCUGCUAAAGUCAUCGCCAGGAAAAACGACGUCUCCUCUCUGAGGACAGCAGCCACUCUUGCCAGAGUCUCAGGAGAGGUAGCUCUGGCUCAGUCACUGGCACUGAGAUGUGCCAAAGAUCUGGCUGCUGAUCAGGACUGGGUCAGAGCACAGGAGGUCCUCAGCUCACAGGACAGCCUGCUGGUCCACAGGCUGCAUCUCUGUGUCGCCGAGCUUCUCACUGCGAUGCUUGCAGACCCCUCAGCUGUAUCUGCUGCACCCUGCGUCUCAAGUCACUCAUGGGCAUCACCAGAUGAAUGCCACAUCAGCUUCCAGGACCGAGUGAGAGACGUGUGGGAGGAGCAGUUUGGUGUUUCAUGUGAGACGGGCAAUCACUGCCCUGAAGCUCUCCUGCAGGAGCUGAAGUCUGUGGAAAGUCCAACGCAGACAACCAACAUUCCUCUCAAACAGGUUGUGAUGUAUUCGUCCCUCCAUCUGACCCGCGUGGUGUUGAGCUGGUUGUCUGAAGAUGACAGACAGCUGAUGAAGGAGCUGUGGCAGGCGGUGGCUUGGUUCAGAGAUGCUGGACUCUUCUGUGUCUGUACGGAGCUCUGCAGGCUGCUCUUUCCUGACGGUGAUGUCAAAGUUUUUUCCAAGAAACAUUCCAAAAAUCUGCAUCACACAGAAGAAGAAGCGAAAGCUGCUGCUGACAGCCUGCAGGCAUUAGUCAGCUACCACCGCCUCUACAAACACUGGUGGAGUUCCUCCACCUUGAUCCAGAACGGUUUCUCACACUCAGCAGCUGACACCAGUCCUGGAGAAGAGCUGAGGGACGGAGUGAUCAACGGAGGUGUUUCAGAGUCAGAGGAGAUGGUCUCCUCUACAACUAAGAGGUUUGGUGAACUGGACUUUGACGCGUCUGUGCUUCUGUCUGAACCUCACGCUGUCUGUCAGGCCGCUCAGAGGUCAAUGAAACAGAUCCAGGAGCGGCUGGCGGCCAUGGUGUUGCAGCACAACAGAGGCCAGAGUGGACUGCUCCUACCUGGAGAGAAAGAAAGCUCCGCAUCCAACCAGACCUCUGAGGCAGGAGAGACAGCAGGCUGCCAGGGGCGUGCUGGAGUUGGUCAACGGCCGGAGGAGCCUCAAGAGACUCUUCUCUCUUUGUCUUCCAAGAUGUCAGAAUUUCAGAAACAGCUGGCUGACUUCCCCGACACAAUAAAGGUGUAUCCUCGCCCAGACAUUGUCGAAUGCUGCCUCGUCCUCCUGCACAUCUGCAGGUCUUCAUCGUCCGUCUCCGAGUCUCUCCAACGAGAGGCCAAAGAUCUUCUCUGCAAACAUGGAGCAGACCUUAAAGCCUCUCAGCAAUUUGUGGCCUGAAAUCUUUGUCGUUCGUAAACAGAAAGAAGCACUUCAACUGUACAGAUUUUUGUUGGAUACAUAAAAGUUUGUUUUUGAAAUGAUA